AGAAGAAUGCAGCAAGUCGUUCCCAUCAUGCUAUUGUCCAAUAUUACCAAUCUGCAUCCCAGAAUCUUUCUUCUCCUUGGCAUUCCAGGGAUGGAAGCCAUACACACAUGGCUAUCAGGGCCGUUCUGCCUCGUCUACCUAGGCGCUCUCUUAGGGAACUUCUUUAUUCUCUUCAUUGUCCGAGUAGAUUCCAAUCUGCAUGAGCCCAUGUAUUUCUUCCUCUGUAUGCUCUCAGUGACUGACUUGAUUCUCUCCACAACCGCCAUGCCUAAAAUCCUCAGCAACUUUUGGUUCCGUGACAGAGAGAUCUAUUUUGAAGCCUGUCUGAUGCAAGUUUUUCUCAUUCACUCUCUGUGCAGUAUGGCCUCGGGGUUUAUCUUGGCCAUGGCCUUCGACCGCUAUGUGGCUAUCUGCAACCCUCUGCGGCACUCCACUAUCCUGACUCACAGAGUCAUCCGGAACUUGGGGAUGGCCGUUGUCUUCCGCGGCAUGCUGCUUUUCAGUCCUCAGCCACUCAUGCUUCGUGGGCUUCCCUACUGUAGAACAACCAUUAUCCGUCACACAUACUGUGAAUUUAUGGCUCUAAUCAAGCUGGCUUGUUCAGAGACCCGUAUUUUCAGAUUAUACAGUCUAACUGUUGCCUUCCUGACAGGUGGGUUAGAUUUCAUAUUGAUCAUAUGCUCCUACACUCUCAUCCUUUAUACUGUCUUCCGUCUUCCAUCCAAAGAAGCUCGGCUGAAGACCUUGGGCACAUGUGGAUCACAUGUCUGUGUAAUCUUAGUAGCCUAUACCCCAGCCUUUUUCUCCUUCCUCACUCACAGAUUUGGUCGUAAUGUGGCCCCUCACAUCCAUAUCUUCGUGGCUAAUAUUUACCUUCUUGUUCCUCCCUUAGCAAACCCAAUGAUCUAUGGCAUUAGAACCAAGAGAAUCAGAGAACGUUUUCUGCAAAUAUUCACAUCUAAAAAAUUAUAA